GGCGGGGAGGCGCCCGGCGGCCGCAGCCCCGCGCCGGGAGCGGGAUGCGGUGCGCCCCGAGACCCCGGUAGCCGCGCGGCGCGGCGCUGCAGUCGCGGUGAUGGAUGAGCCCUGGUGGGAAGGGCGCGUCGCCUCGGACGUCCACUGCACCCUGCGCGAGAAGGAACUGAAGCUGCCCACCUUCCAAGCCCACUCCCCGCUCCUGAAGAGCCGCCGGUUCUUUGUGGACAUCCUGACUCUGCUGAGCAGCCACUGCCGGCUGUGCCCUGCGGCCCGGCACCUGGCCAUCUACCUGCUGGACCACUUCCUGGACCGCUACAACAUCCCCACCUCCAAGCAGCUGUACACUGUGGCCAUCUCCUGCCUCCUGCUCGCCAGUAAGUUUGAGGAUAGAGAAGACCAUGUGCCCAAGCUGGAGCAGAUAAACGGCACGAGGGUCCUGAGCAGCCAGAACUUUGCCCUGACCAAGAAGGAGCUGCUGAGCACGGAGCUGCUGCUCCUGGAGGCCUUCAGCUGGAACCUCUGCCUGCCCACGCCCGCCCACUUCCUGGACUACUACCUCUUGGCCUCCGUCAGCCAGAAGGAUCACCACUGCCACACCUGGCCCAGCGCCUGCCCCCGCAAAACCAAAGAGUGUCUCAAGGAGUACGCUCACUACUUCCUUGAGGUCACCCUGCAAGAUCACGUAUUCUACAAAUUCCAGCCCUCUGUGGUCGCUGCUGCCUGCGUUGGGGCCUCCAGGAUCUGCCUGCAGCUUUCUCCCUGCUGGACCAGAGAGCUGCAGAGAAUCUCGAACUAUUCCCUGGAACAUCUCAGUGCCUGCAUCGAAAUCCUGCUGGUAGCGUACGACAGUGUCCUCAAGGAUGCCCUUGCGGUCAAGAGCCAGGCCUUGGCAGUGGUGCCAGGCACGCCACCAACCCCCGCCCAAGUGCUGUUCCAGCCGCCCGCCUACCCCGCGCUCAGCCAGCCAUCGGCCAGCCUGGCCCGGCUGCAGACGCCCGUGCAUGACCUGUGCUUGGCCUACCGGGACUCACUGCAGGCCCACCCUGCCGGGAGCCUGCUCUCCUCAGGUGCGAGCGUGUCCCUCCACCGCCCAUACCCGGCCCUGCAGCCCCUGGACCUGUGUCCCGUGCCCGUCCCCGUGUCCCUCAGCGUGCAGACGGCCAUAGCGGCCGAGCCCAGGCACUGCCUUGCCACCACCUACGGAAGCAGCUACUUCAGCAGCGGCCACAUGUUUCCCGCUGGCUGCUUUGACAGCUAGGCCCCAUGCGGGAAGCCUGGAAGCCCCAGGUGGAGGAAGAGAGCGCCGCAGAGAAGAGCUGAGCUAGCGGCGGCAGCGAGGAGGCCAUCCCUGCAGAGCCACGGAUGAGGAGGGGUCGUGCUCUUUUCACGUAAAGCUAGCCUGCAGUGAAACAUUCAGGGACACACCUUGCUAGAGAGCAUCCCUCGGAAACCCUCUUGCACACAGGCCUGGGGUACAGAGAGGCGGCCGGUGGCCAGUCUCAAGCAAGGUUCCACUGAAUCAAGAAAGUCUUGGUAAGAGGCCACGGGAUGCGGAGCUGCACACUCGCCCACAAGCACGUCCAAUUUUAGCCUCAGACGUCUCUACUCCUUGCUGACGGCAGCUGCACCGCUGAAAACAGAAGGUGCACCCUGACGCAAGCUCAGGAUCCCCGCAUCAUCGAUGCCGCCGCCUUCCCGGGCGCUUUCUGUCCCUGGCUCCAGCCCGGAAGGGCUCUGGGUGUGCUUGUGCCUGAGCGCCUGCCUGCCAGGUCCAGCGGGGGGCUCUCGCCUCUGGUGUUGACCCUGAAGCCUUCCAGACCUCGUAGGUAUUUCAUGUGCUGCUGCUUCUCCAAGUGACCUAGCUUUCUGUCCUGCAAGAUGUCUUGUUUACAUACUGCAUCAGGGAUGUUGUGAUACUUGAAAAUUCCUUAAAAGAAAAGAAAAAAAUCACGAUGGCCACAUUUCCCGUUCCAGGUGAGGCUGUUUUACCUCGGCUUGUGAGGGCCCCGUGGGUAACAGCAGAACUUCCUUUCCAGAAGCGGAUGGUUAGAGGGAGAAACCCUCCCCGGGUUCCCCGUUCCAGAAGAGUCCACGUCUUGAAUCAUGUCUUCAUCUAUAGAAUUUUGCUAAUGACACGAGGGGAAAAAGGUGUUAAAGACAAAGGCUUGGAGCGGGCAAUCCCACCUCCCUCCACCGCAUGCUUCUCGUCCGUGGGGUUCACCCAGCCAAGGCCAGCGUGGACUGUUUGUCUACUGCCGCCUGGAUUUGGGGUGUGGGUGUGGGUAUGGGACGCUGCCUCUGCCACCACCGGGCAGCAGGGCUUAGUGGACAGAAAGCCAGUGUUGGUUUGGGGUUGUUUGGGGUUCUGCAGCAGAAGGGAUCUCAGGAAGACUCUUACAACCAUGUGCAAUAUGUUUUAUUUCCUAGCUUGGGCUCAGCGUGUUGUUUUGGUUGGUUUGUUGUCGGGGGACACUGUUCACCCAUCAGAACUGGGAGGUGCAAAGGACCACAGAAGCAAUUUGUAUUUUUUUGCUGUUUGUUUUUUAAGAAGAAGCCUUGUUGGUUUUCUCAUCUCUUUAGCCGGUCAAGGUUACGGUGGGGGGCGGGGAGAGCGCCAGCAAGGAUCCAAAGAUGGUGAAGCUUUUCACCCAGACAGGAAUCUCAGCGUGGAAGAGAGCUAGCCAUGGAUAAGGCACUGCGGCUUUGUAACUCUAGCAUAGGAAACUGCACGAUCAGUUUGUUGUUUUUCUUUCUCCUUUGCCGACCUCAGGUUAUUGUAUCUGUCUACUCAGGGGCUGGGGGCUUGGGAGGGGCUCCCUCAGUCAGACCAGCUCCCGAAAAUAGGCAUCCUGCAAUAAACACGUCACCUGCUCA